UCCCCGCACUUUCUCCGGCUCUCCCUCCCGCUCGGCUCAGACUGCCGGACUCGGCGCUCUUCUCGCCGGCCGCCCUGGGAAUCGCCGGCCGCCACCGCCCAGCCCGCACCCGCUGGCCCCCCAGUGCUUGGGCACCUGUUGGAGGCGCACAGAUAGGUGCUGGGGGCUGGUUUCCCGGGGACGAGAGGCUAGGGGUGCUUCAUGAGGGGCCGCAGGGGCGACCGCAUGGCCAUCAACAUCCAGGAGCACAUGGCCAUCAACGUGUGCCCGGGGCCCAUCCGGCCCAUCCGCCAGAUCUCUGACUACUUCCCCCGCCGGGGACCUGGCCUCGAAGUGGGUGGCGGGGGCUUCGGAGAGGCCCCUGCUCAUCUGGCCCCCCUGGCCCUGGCCCCCCCGGCGGCCCUCCUUGGGGCCACCACUCCUGAGGAGGGAGCCGAGGUGGACAGCUACGACUCGGAUGAUACCACUGCCCUGGGCACGCUGGAGUUUGACCUUCUCUACGACCAGGCUUCCUGCACUCUGCACUGUAGUAUCCUCAGGGCUAAGGGCCUCAAGCCCAUGGAUUUCAAUGGCCUGGCCGACCCGUAUGUCAAGCUGCACCUGCUGCCUGGAGCCUGCAAGGCCAAUAAACUAAAAACUAAGACUCAGAGGAACACGCUGAAUCCCGUGUGGAAUGAGGACCUGACGUAUAGCGGGAUCACGGUUGAUGACAUCACGCACAAGGUGCUCAGGAUCUCUGUCUGUGAUGAAGACAAGCUAAGCCACAACGAGUUCAUCGGGGAGAUCCGAGUACCCCUCCGCCGCCUCAAGCCUUCACAGAAGAAGCAUUUUAACAUCUGCCUGGAGCGCCAGGUUCCGCUGGCCUCACCCUCUUCCGUGUCUGCGGCGCUGAGGGGCAUCUCCUGUUACCUGAAGGAGCUGGAACAGGUAGAGCAGGGGCCGGGGCUGCUGGAAGAGCGUGGGCGCAUCCUGCUGAGCCUCAGCUACAGCUCUCGGCGCCACGGGCUGCUGGUGGGCAUCGUGCGCUGCGCCCACCUGGCUGCCAUGGACGUCAAUGGCUACUCCGACCCCUAUGUCAAGACGUACCUGAGGCCAGAUGUGGAUAAGAAAUCCAAGCAUAAAACAUGCGUGAAGAAGAAGACUCUCAACCCGGAAUUUAAUGAGGAGUUCUUCUACGAUAUGGAGCUCUCCACUCUGGCCACCAAGACUCUGGAAGUCACAGUCUGGGACUAUGACAUCGGCAAAUCCAACGACUUCAUCGGUGGCGUGUCCCUGGGGCCAGGCGCCCGGGGAGAGGCCCGGAAGCACUGGAGCGACUGUCUGCAGCAGCCGGACACAGCCCUGGAGCGCUGGCACACUUUGACCAGCCAGCUGCCCCCCGCGGCCGGGGCUCUGCCCUCAGCCUGAGCGGCUCCAUUGGGGCCAGGUCCAGUACCCAACCUUCGCACGAGUGUGUUGCACGUUUACACAGGGUGGAUGCCUCACCCUGCACUACCUGUCUUAUUUCGUGAGAGUCUCCGUGACUGUGGGUCUGUCUUCUUGUGAGGGACUGUGGAGAUCUAUAUUCACAUAUGCAAACUUCCUUCUGCCUGACUCGCUACAACCUGCAGAUAUGCAAGCCACCCAUCCUAAGCACACCUGCGGGGGUGUCCAACAGAGCCCCAGGCCCGGCUGCUGCUUCUCUCUCCUGCCUCUCCAGGCUGCCCGUUCCCCUCCCCUAUAGGAGGAGGUCGGAUUAGGCGGGGUUUGGAGGAGAACGUUUCCAAAAAAAGAAAAGGACAAAAAACAAAGAGCCACUUCUUUAAUACACAAUCUUCAUUUAAAAACACACACACACACACACACACACACACACACACACCACACCCCACCCCCACAGCUGCCCUUUUAAGCGGGGGGGCCACCGCAGGGUCUCUGCCUCUCUGAGAGGUGACGGAUGGCCCUGGCCACUCCUUUAAAUAACUGUCCUCUGGAUCGGGCUGGGAUGUGAGGGCAGGACCCCUGCCCUCCCUGGAGAGGGCCCACCUUCUGGGGGACGUUCGUGCAUGUUUACGCCUUUUCUGAUUGUGUCCGUGGCCGCAGCAUGGCAACUGGGCGUCAAUAAACUUCUCUGAGGAA